AUGACUCUUCUGCUACUUCUAAUCAUUUUUCUUCUGCCAGGUAUGUCAGUGGUGAGCAGUAUGCUGAGUGCAGAUGAAGGCAGCAGCGUCACUGUUCAAUGUCUCUACAGUAAAAACCUCAGGUCCAGUGAGAAGCGGUGGUGUCGCAGUGGGAACUGGAACUCCUGCAUGGUGACGGACUCUGAAGGAACAUUCAGCAGCAGAAAAGUCUUCAUCCAUGAUGACAGGAACAGCAUGUUCACGGUGACGAUACAGCAGCUGGAGAUGAGAGACUUGGGCUGGUACUGGUGUGGAGCCGGUCAGCAGCAGGUGGCUGUUCAUGUGUCAGUCACAGCACAAACCACAACACCGUCUCCCAUCCAGAAUCUGAAGACAACAGUCAGAAAUCCAUCUGUAAUGAGCUCAAAUGACCCUCACAGUCGUCCUGUUUGGGAGUCUCCUCUUGUGGUGUGUGGGGUCGCGCUACUGGUCAUGACUGCAUUUUUGGCACUUUGGAAGUUACGGCAACUGUGUAAGAAAAAGCAGAAACAUCGAGGGACAAAUGAAAUGAACGAUAAUCUCACAAUGUGUCCUUGGAGAGAAGGAGACUAUGAACGCCUCAGUGAUUUUCCUGAACGCUCCAGCUCAGGCCCAGAUGCUCUGACAGAGGAGCUUCAUGAUGGGAAACACCAAACUCAUGGACAUUCUGAUGCUGAAGGAGAUCUGAAAGGGAACUGAUGGACACUUUGACUCUUUAAGUCUCAUUAUGAAGUCUAAGAGAGUCCUGCAGACUGGAGAAGCUGGAGGCCGGGGUAAUAUUUGACAUUCCUUCACAUGUAACAGUUAAAUGGAAGAUCAUCUUUCAUUUUAAUGCAUAUUUCAUGUCAUGUAUUUCUCUGUAAGCACAAGCCUUAUGAGUGAAUUGUGCUGUUUAAGCAUGUUUUUACAAAUGAGCAGCGGUUAUUCUCAACUAACAGUGCAGAAAAUGUGUGAAAGAUGUGUGAAUGUUUACAGAAGCACUAAGAAUGUGUCCUUAUAUCACUUUUGACCAUAUUAGAGACUAUUUUAUCUUGUCAUGUGUUUUAUCAGCAUAUACUGUAAAUGAUAAAAAGCUUUCAUCUGUUAUUAACCUCUGUACAGAAAUAGUGUCUUAUUCACAUCCUGUUUCAAGUCCUAUUAACAUCUUUAUUUGUGGUUGUUUGUCACCUCCUGCAUAUAAAUAAAUGUAACCCGCUUCAGC